GUCAUCAACCUCAAACCCCUCUUUCUAGCACACAUUUUUGCCCGCAACAAUGUCAAAAGAAAAGAAGAAGAGCAACAAACAACUCACCUCACCCAACCACAACCCAAAUCUAUGGCCAGAUCUACCCCAACAACUUCUCUAUCAACUAGCAAGAAAACCCUCAUUAAUGCUAGAAAUUUAUUCCAAGGGAGCAACAAAGUCAUGGAGAACAGAACCAAACAAGUGCAGUAAAUCAUCAAAUGCAACCCUACCAUGGCUUGAAGUCUCUACUGAUAAUGAAAAUAGCCAAAACCAACCUCACACCUUCAAUAUAUCGUUUAGAAGUGGAUCCUAUUCGUAUCGGAGUCCACAGUAUAGCCCCGUAAUAGAAGGCUACCAUUUUCUUGGAUGUUCUUAUGGUUUAUUAAUCUCUAAAGGAGAUUCAGAUUAUAAAUUAUGGGAUCCAAUUGAUAAUGGAUGGUGGCAUCUUCCUUUAUGGGAUAAUAGAAUUCCAUUUCUAUGCACUGCUUUAUCUUCUAUGCCGAUGAUAGAUAAUAAAAAGAAUAAAAGUACUUUGAUUGUAUUAACAGGUAUUUCUAAUCCAGCUUUUGCUUAUUGUAGAAUAUGGGAAGGUGGAGAUUGGAUUAAAAAAGAUAGCAAUAUUGUGGAUCCGAAUGAUCAUAAAGGUCAUCUUUUAAAAUUUAGCAAUGGGAUUUGGUUUAAAGAAAAAUUUUAUGCUUUGAGUUUGCAGGGAACUCUUGCAGUUAUUGAAGAAAUUGAUUGUGAUCUUAGAAUUACUGCUGUUGGGAAGAAAAGAGCUGCUCCCUCUGUUUCGUGUAUGCAUUUUAAAGAAUGCUUGGUUGAAUCAGAAGGGAAGCUUUUGCUUAUUUUUCUUAUUUCUAAAAAUUCUAUCAAAACUGUGGAUUUUGUGGAGGUUUACGAGCUUAAUACUGAUAAAUUGGCUUGGAUCAAGAAGGAUAACAUUGAGAAUAAGACGUUGUUCGUAGGUGCUAAUUGUUGUAUGUUUACCUUUGGAAAUAAAGUAGGAUUCAAGGGAAAUUGUAUUUAUUUUAGUAAUAGUUAUGGUGAUGGUUGGUGGGUAUAUGAGAUGGAAACAGGUUCUGUCUCUCGUUGUAGCAUCUCCAAUCCAGAUAAGUCCCAAAAUUUAGUUGAAUAAUUGAACAAUUUCUAUGCUAAAAAUAUCCUCCGCUUAUCUAAUUUGUGCUGUAUUUCCAGACCAUAUUUUUGCCACCAACUAUAUGUUUGUUAAAAUGCUUCAAAGAAGUAUAUGUGUUGUUGUUUAUUAAAAACUUGAAAGUAGUGUAAUAUUCCUCUUAUGUGUUUGACAAAAACUGUUUGAUAUAUUGAAUUUCUUGGUUGUUUUCCAGA